AUGGUCGGUCUUGCAGAUUCAAGUGUCGAUGGUGUGGUCUGUGUUCAGCGACUAAUAACUGGAGCAUCUAUUUAUGCAACACAAGGCACGAUGGAGAUACCGCCAGAGCUGCUUGAAGCACGAGGGGUUGUCUGUCUUCAUUGGAAAGAUUGCGACACUCACUCGAGUAGAAAUGACAAAAAUUGGGAGAAAAAGAUUCUGUUCUUUGAUCAAGAAAAUGGGCUGCAGACAAGGUCGCCCUUGGCUUUCAAGUUUGAUUGGGUAGCUCCAGACAAGCCUCUUGAUUCUGCAGUCUCGACUUGCUUGAAACAGUUCUUUGCCACGAACAAAUUCAAGAACAUGGUCCUUAAAGCCGAUAUCGACAAUAGCAGCACCAUUGACUACUGGGAUUCCGUCGCUGCUAGUUUGCAACUGAACAAAGUGGAGAAGGAAGUCCAUCUAUUGGCUGCAUUUUCGUACUUCGAUAGAGACGGAAGCGGCUAUAUCACUCAAGACGAGCUUCAACAAGCCUGUGAGGAGUUCGGCAUAGAGGAUGUCCGCUCGGUGGAAAUGAUCCUGUAUCAGGACAGGGACGGCCGCAUUGACUACAAUGAGUUGAUGAUGCAAAAGGUAAACACUGAUCAAAGGGGUCUGCAGAGUAGGAGCAGAAAAUGGAGGUGCAGAAGACAAUGGUAUUUCUCCCCCUGGUUGGCAGGGGAGGAAGGGGAUAGGAAUAAAUUGUGA